CUAGCAGGCUGCCGGGAAGAUGGCGGACAUUCAGACUGAGCGUGCUUACCAAAAGCAGCCUACAAUCUUUCAAAACAAGAAGCAUGUUUUCCUGGGAGAAACCGGCAAGGAAAAACUCCCUCGGUACUACAAGAACAUCGGUCUAGGCUUCAAGACUCUCAAGGAGGCCAUCGAGGGCACCUACAUAGACAAGAAAUGCCCCUUCACUGGUAAUGUCUCCAUCCGAGGCAGGAUCCUGUCUGGUGUGGUGACCAAGAUGAAGAUGCAGAGGACCAUUGUCAUCCGCCAGGACUAUGUCCACCACAUCCGGAAGUACAAUCACUUUGAGAAGCGCCACAAGAACAUGUCUGUGCACCUGUCUGCCUGCUUCAGGGAUGUGCAGAUCGGUGACAUUGUCACCGUGGGAGAGUGCAGGCCUUUGAGCAAGACGGUGAGAUUCAACGUCCUCAAGGUCACCAAGGCUGCUGCCACCAAGAAGCAGUUUCAGAAGUUCUGAGGAGACUCUGGCCUA